AUGACAAUCCCCAGACUGGAACUUGCUGCAGCAACAUUGGCAGUGCGAGUGGACAGGAUGUUAAAGUUGGAGCUCCAGAUUGAACUUGAGGAGUCAACUUUUUGGACGGACAGCCAGUCUGUGCUAAAAUACAUCCGCAAUGAUACCAAGAGAUUCCAUACCUUUGUGGCUAAUAGGGUUGCUAUGAUCCGUGACCUAUCGAAAGCAAAACAGUGGAGGUAUUUGAACUCAAAACACAACCCAGCCGAUGAUGCCUCAAGAGGAUUAUACGUUGAAAUGUUCCUGAACUCAAAGAGAUGGCAUAAAGGACCAGAAUUCCUGGAGAAACCAGAAACUCAAUGGCCGAAAGUCCCCGAGGAGCUUGGCUCCAUCCCUCCGGAUGAUCCAGAGGUUGGCCACUCUGGGAGAGGUCACAUGCUUUCUAGACUUCGCCAGCGAUAUUGGAUACCCUGUGCCAACUCUUUAGCAAGGAAGAUCCUUAAGAGCUGUGUCUUUUGCAGGCGGAUGCAAGCUAGAGCUGGAGAACAGAAGAUGGCCGACCUUCCACAAGAUCGGGUGUCACCUGAUUUGCCGCCUUUCACCCAUGUGGGCAUAGAUUACUUCGGCCCCAUAGAGGUGAAGCGAGGCCGCGUUCAUGUGAAGCGUUAUGGUGUGAUCUUUACUUGCCUUGCUAAGCCAGUCCUGCCACCAGGACUAUUCCAGAGAAGCGACCUAUACUCACGAAGGAGAUGGAAGCAAGUACAAUAUAUCACUGACCUCUUCUGGAAGAGAUGGAUCAGGGAGUAUCUUCCACUUAUGCAGGAGCGGAACAAGUGGAACAAAACUAAGAGAAACUUCAGUCCUGGUGACCUCGUGGUCAUCGUCGAUGACACCGCCCCAAGGAACUCUUGGCUAAUGGGGCGUGUGGUGGAGGCUUUGCCAGGGGCCGAAGGUCUUGUCCGGAGCGUCAUGUGUGUUAAUGCUGGUCUGCUGUGUCUCCAGGUGGACGAGGAACUAGAGGCUCUGCUGGAGAACGGGGAGGGUCUGUAUGAUGAGAAGGAGGUGGUGUCUCUCUGCAGGCUGAUGGUCAGAGUGGAGACCAUGGAGCAGAAACUCAUCUGCCUCAAACUUAUACAAGAUACCCAGAGCCCAUCCUGUCUGAAGCAGUUCCUGGACCAUCACGGUCUGUCUCUACUGUGGAUCUUCAUGGUGGAGCUCUCUGAAGCCAAGGGCAACACUGUCAACAACAUCAAACUGCAGUUUCAGAUCAUGAAGACCCUGUCAGCGCUGCCUAUCUCCACUAAGAACAUGUUGGAGGAGAGUCAUGUCCUGAGCCUCAUCCAGCGCUGGGCCCAAACACACUCCAUCCCCCAGGCCCCCGGGGCCGAACAGGACGGCUACUCCAGUGAGAACAUGUCUCGCGCCCAGACCCCUCUCAACACUCCCGAUGGCUCCUCUGCCUCCGUCGCCAAACUGGGCCCUGAGUUGGACAGCGACACUCCCAAACGGGCCGUUUACCGUCGCCUCAAGAUCAGCGAGAACAGCCUGGACAGCGCCAUGUCGGACGCCAGCAAGGCCUCGGAUGGUAAGGAGGAGGAAGAGGAGGAUGAAGAGAUGGAGGACGAGGAGGUCUCGCGAUCUGAGCCUCCAGUGGAGAGCAGCAAACGGUCCAAGACAGAGCUGGUGGUUGAGGUCCAGGCUCAGACUCCCACAACGGAGGAGCUGACAGAAGAGCUGGUGGUUGAGGUCCAGGCUCAGACUCCCACAACGGAGGAGCUGACAGAAGAGCUGGUGGUUGAGGUCCAGGCUCAGACUCCCACAACGGAGGAGCUGACAGAAGAGCCAGUCACAGAGCUGGUGGUUGAGGUCCAGGCUCAGACUCCCACAAUGGAGGAGCUGCCAGAAGAGCCAGUCACAGAGCUGGUGGUUGAGGUCCAGGCUCAGACUCCCACAAUGGAGGAGCUGACAGAAGAGCCAGUCACAGAGCUGGUGGUUGAGGUCCAGGCUCAGACUCCCACAACGGAGGAGCUGACAGAAGAGCCAGUCACAGAGCUGAAGGAGACACCAGAGGAGGUGGUGGAGACCAUGGAGAUCACAGAACCCCAAGCGGAGAGCCAAGACGCUACAGAUCAGGAGGAGGUGAAUGAGAAGGGCGGUGACGAGGAGGUGAAAGACGAGAGGAGUGAGGGACAGAAGGAGAGCAGAGAGGAGGAGGAGCAGCAGCAGGCAAGUCAGUCAGUGGAGGAGAGGGAGGUUGUGGCAGGAGAGCAGGCCAACGUGGAGGUCCAGGAAUCAUCACAUAUUCAGACGGAAGUUACUGAGACCCCUUCAGCAGAGCAGCCUGCCGAGGAGAAGGAAGAGGAGACCACCACAGCAGAGACUGGGACUGAAGAUACAGAAAAGGCUCCAGGCAGCCAGGAACAUCCAGGCCAGGUGGCCCCCGAGGGUCCCCCGGAGGUGGCCCCUGGCACUGAGGACGCUGCCCAGGUAGUGACCCCUGCCUCGGAGGCCCCUCCACCUCCCUCUCCGGUGGUCCCCGUGGAGCCUGCGGCGGUGGGGACACCCUCGCAGGAUGAGGAGGAGGGUGUGUCUGAUGUAGAGAGCGAGAGGAGCCAGGAAGCCCUGCUCAGUGCUGUGGAUAUAGGAGACAUGGCUGCUAGGCUGCUGGACAGCUGGAAGGACCUGAAGGAGGUGUACAGGAUCCCCAAGAAGAGCCAGGUGGAGAAAGAGAUACACGAUCGUAGUCGAGACCGAGACGCCGCCCAGGCUCGCACCCAAUCCGGCAGCCGGGAACGUGAGAGGGAACGUGAGAGGGAACGUGAGAGGGAGCGGGACAGGGACAGGGAGAGGGACAGGGAACGAGAUCGAGAACGAGAACGGGACAGGGAGCGUGACCGGGAGCGUGACAGAGAAAGGGACAGGGACUGGGAGAGAGACCGGGACAGAGACUGGGACAGAGACUCUGAGAAGACACCCCGCAGCACAGAGAGACGGAGGAGACGUGCCUCCACCUCCCCACCGCCCUCAGCAUACGAGAGGAGCAGCAGGAGACAGGAGGACCGGUUUGACCUGGCUAACAGCAGUAAGAAGACCCGUUCCAUCACCAAGGAACGCACCAAGCUGUCCACAGAGGAGCGCAGGAAGCUGUUUGAGCAGGAGGUGGCCCAGCGCGAGGUCCAGAAACAACAACAACAACAGUUACAACAACAUCAACAACAACAGUUACAUCAACAACAACAGUUACAACAACAUCAACAACAACAGUUACAACAACAUCAACAACAACAUCAACAACAACAGUUACAACAACAACAACAACAACAACAACAGUUACAUCAACAGCGGCAGCAGCAGCUCCAGACUCUAGCCUACGAUGCAGCCCUGACCUACAAUACCAGCCCAGCUGGCUUCAUCCACUACCCCCCCGGCUACCCCCUCCAGACCUACGUGGACCCCGUCAACCCCAACGCAGGCAAGGUGCUGCUGCCUACCCCUCCCGUGGAGCCCCUGGUCCCAGCCACUCUGGUCUUGGAGCAGACCCCUCCUCAGGCUCUGAUCACCGAGCUGGGCAUGACCUCUCCCUCCUCUACCUCCCAGCCCCCUCCAGUCUCCAACCUCUCCAGCAUCUCCCAACACAUCCACCAACCCACUAGGCCUCUGGAGCUCCACCCCGGCACCGCCCAGCAGUAUGCCCAGCAGCCCAGCGUGGCGGGCCAGGACCCAGGUGGAGGCGUGCUGUCAGCCGUGUCAGCGCCCCCUCAGGUGUCGGCGGGCCAGGGGAGUUACGCCACGCUGUGGGACCCUACCACCCAGCAGGCUGUGACGGUACAGACCCAGGUAGCACCACAGUACCAGGUUGUCCCAGCACCACCUCCCACCCAGACAGCCAUCUACUACCAGGGCCAGCCCUGUCAGACCAUCUACAGUAUCCCCACGGCCUAUCCACAGGCUAACACACCUGUCCUGCAGGCCUACGCUGAUCCGGCUGCCAACUACCUCCAUGGUCAGCCGGUGUACACAGGUCACCAGCAAGGAGUGAUGGUUCAGCAGGGGGGUACGGUCACUACCAUCGUCACCUCACAGACUGUCCAGCAGGAGAUGCCCAACACUCUGUUAGUCCCCAACAGUAUGAUAGACCUGCCCCCUCCCUCUCCUCCCAAACCCAAAACCAUUGUUCUGCCCCCCAGCUGGAAGGUAGCACGGGACGGAGAGGGAAAGAUCUACUAUUAUCACGUCAUCACCAGGCAGACUCAGUGGGAUCCUCCCAGCAGCUGGGACGGGGUCAGUGAAGACUCUCACAGCUUAGACCACGAGGCUGAGAUGGACCUGGGGACGCCCACCUACGACGAGAACCCCUCCAAGUUCUCUACUAAGACAGCAGAGGCAGACACAUCCAGUGAGCUGGCCAAGAGGAGCAAGGAGACAUUCCGGAAAGAGAUGUCACAGUUCAUUGUGACCUGCUUGAAUCCGUUCCGGAAACCAGACUGCAAACUGGGACGCAUUGUCAACACCGAGGAUUUCAAACACCUUGCCAGAAAGCUAACUCACGGCGUGAUGAACAAGGAGCUGAAGUCCUGUAAGAACCCAGAGGACCUGGAGUGCAACGAGAACGUCAAGCACAAGACCAAGGAGUACAUCAAGAAAUACAUGCAGAAGUUCGGCAACAUCUACCGGCCCAAAGAGGACACUGAGCUGGACUAACACUGCGUCUGACUGGAGGAACAGAACGGGGAUCAAGACUUGAAAAUAUGAUUAGGCUACAGUUGUUUGGGGCCCACAAACGGUGAAAGGAGACACACUGAAACCCAGAUUAAAGUCAAGUCACGCUGGGAAACUGAACUGUGGAGGUGGGAUCACUCCAGACACAUAUUUAUGUUGACUAAGACUGUGUCUUAAACUGAUGCCUUGAAGGCUUGCCGCCGGGCCCACUGACUAAUGGGAGGGGACUAGUGGGAGGGGGGCGAGAAUCAUGACGAGGAGGGAGGUGUCUCCCAAGGGGCGGAGGCUCCAGGUGAAGUGUCCACAGAGAAGUGUGCGACACCUAGGCUGCGUCUCAACUAGCACCCUAUUCUCUGUGCCCUAUGUAGGGAAUAGGGUGCUGUUUGGCACUCAGACCCAGAGAGGGGUGCUACAUUGACCUAUAGUGUCACUAUCAUGUUAGCUUUCUACAUUUUUUUCCAGUUUAACUUUCUUACCUAACUAACAAUGUUUUCAAAUCUUAUCUACAUAUUCUCUCUAGAACUCUUCCUCCUCUGUCUGAAAAGGAUUCAUGAAAGAGUCAGACAUACCAUCAUUUUAAAUUGCUCUUCAAUGUUUUUCCACUGUUGGGAUGUUGCUGUAUGAAGUCCAGCAGUGGCAAUUAACCAGUCAAAAUGGAUCUGUGUAAAGAAAGACAAAAUCGCUGUUUGUCCAUAUGACUGGCUUUCCCCUGGUGCGCCCGCCCGCCACAUCCCCAAGCCAGCCAUUGACUCGACUAGGGUAUCUGGUGCCCUCCCUGCCUUCAGACCACAAUCCUCCGGAGCCUCUGUUGUUAUAUGAAUGCUUGAUGGAGGCUGGGUUCGGUUCGGAUGGAGGCUGGGUUCGGUUCGGAUGGAGGCUGGGUUCGGUCCGGAUUGAGGCUGGGUUCGGUCCGGAUGGAGGCUGGGUUCGGUCCGGAUGGAG